AUGAUUAAGUAAUUGCUUGCUAUUGUGGCAAUUGGAACACUGUCAAUAGUGCCUUAUCUUGACAACACAGAUUAUAACCCAUGGUUUGAGGGUGACACAUUCAUAGUCUCCACUGAUGGAAGCAUGAAAAGAGUUAGCAGAUUUGAUCCAAACUGGAAACCACAGUCAGCAUAUGAAGAUUAUCAUGAACAAAUCUAUCAAGAACAAGAAAGAUUACGUAAAGAAAAGAUGUCUGACUUCCUCUAAAGCACAGCUCACAUUUGUACAAAUGGAAAAGAUCACACCAAAAUGACCUUAUAAAAUUACAUGAAUGAAUUCAUCAAUGGUCCUUGUUAACCAGCUAUCUUAGUACCUGGAUUGAUUGGCACAGCAUUAUAAGUAAAAAUUGAUUGCGAAAUCUUAUAAGCAAAAAGACCAGAUAUCUUUGAAAAUUGUGGUUGGUAAACUUGCAGUGCCUCUAAAUUCUGGUUGAAGAAACCAAGCGAAGAGUACAGAUUGUGGAUAGGUGCAUUAAGUGGUCCAUUUUCAAUUGCAAUGACCAACAAGAAGGAUAAAUGCUUUGGAGAUUUUAUUGAACUUUAUUAUGAUAGAUCUAAAAAGGAUCCAAGAGACAGAUAUACAGCUGCCCCAGGUAUUGAAAUCACUUGGGCUGGUAACACUCCCAAAUCAAUCGAUAAUGAAUGUGGAACAACUGCCAUCUAAGAGUUAGCCACUGAUUCCCUUAUCAAAGCAGCAAUGUGUGAUCCUAAAGGUUAUCAUGUUUUCUCAGACACUCUUAAAAACAUGGGUUACAUUCCAGGAUUAACAAUGCAAGCUGCUCCCUAUGAUUUCAGAAAAUCAAUUGCAGCAUCAGAAUCUCAAUAAUACAUCAAGAAGUCUGUGGAAACAUUCUAUAGAUUGACAGGAAAGAAAACCUACAUCUUUGGACAUUCUUUGGGUUCUCUUCAUUCUACAGAGGCAGUGUACUCAAUGACUUAAGCAUAGAAGGAUAAAGUAGCUGGUAUUGUGACAAUUGCUGGACCUCUUUUGGGAGCAACUAAAACAUUCAAACCUUAAGUAGGUGGAGAUGACAGCUUUAUGUUUAAAGUGUUAAUCCUGGAUGCUGGUAUUAACUGGUAUGCUCAAAGGAAGAUGGCUCGUACAUCUGCCAGUAUUGUGGAUUUAUAUCCCAAGGAUACAUUCACAAGAUUCAGAGAUGAACCAUGGAUGUAAGAAAUUCUUGACAGAAUGAAAUGGGAUACCGAGUUCAUUUCAACUGGAAAGAGACCAACAAGAGCAAAUCCUCUACCUUGGUUCCCAGAACCUAGUGAGAUUUGUGGGGCUGAUUUUGCUGAUAGAUCCAAUCAUUGCUAAUUGUUAAUGCAUGAUAUGAGCGAACACUUUUUGAAAGUCGUUGACAAAUUGUAUUAUUCAACUGAAGAAUCUACCAAAGAAGCUAUUAAUGACACCAUCGCUGCUAAUGAUGCCAAAUAAAUAUUAGAUUAUGUUGAAGAAACUAAAAGAGAAAAAGCCAAUAAUGUUGAACAUCCAGGAGUACCUAUGGUUAUAGUCUACGCUGCUCAUGAAAUGACUCCAUUCCAAUUUGAAUACAAGAAACAACCUAAACCUAUUGUUGAGUCUAGUGAUGAUUUCUAUUUCCCAGAUCAUAUCACCAAAGCCAUUGGAGACAGCACAGUUCUUGCCUCCUCAGCCAUGACUCCAGGUAUCAAAUGGAUAUAUGAACACAACCAUGGAUUAACCACUAUUCCAACUAAAUUGGUUGAGUAUUGUUCAUAAUAUAAUGGAGAUGCCGUCUCAUCUAUUUAUGAUUCAAAAGAUGCUCAAGGACAAAGACAAUUCACUGAGUCAGGAUAUUUAGGACUUACUUGUUCUUGCAAAUUUGGAUAAACUGGAAUCGACCAUUGUGGACAUGCUUGUAUGAUUCAAGACACAUUAUUUAUUGAGUUUGCUGCUGAUGUUCUUAAAACACACUGGAAAUCUACUAUUUCAUAAACUCCAGCCAAUGAAACUGAACUUAGAAACAUUCAUGAAGGAUGCACUAAUUUACAUUGAGUAUUUUAAUUCAUCCCAAUAAUAAUUUAAA